GGUUUCUAAUGUCGGGUAUAAAUUCAAAGUCACCGACUGUGCGUGACAGGUGAAAAUACAGGGUGUUGAGAGCGAGAGAGAGAGAGUGUGUAUACCCUGGAGUGGUAGAUAGCAGCUUGUCGGUGAAGUAUUAUUAUUCUUUCUUAAGUAAGGGGGAAGGAAGGAGAAAGAGAGAGGGUGCAGUGUGGUUUGUCCCAGACCACGUACCUGUCAUGACACGACGGUGCUGUUAGCAGGUGCAUGGUCAGCAUCCAGUUGUAAUCCACCCUCGUGGAUAUGUUCCUGCCACUGGAAACUCAUACAGGGUGUGAAAAUAAGGCCAGCAGAUGAAUACAUACUUAUCUCGACUGUUUAGAAUUCUGCAAAACUGUUGCUGGUGAAAAGAGGUAUAAAGUUGGGAGUUGUAAGAAAACGACAACAUCUCACAGCCCGCAAUCAUUCUGACUCGGAGCAGUUCAUUCUUUGUGAAAUGGAUGGCACUGACAAACUUCCGGAAGUCGAUGAGGUGAGCGGAGGACGUUGACCUCGUGACCUCAUUUUCCCCUCCCCCAUCACCACCCUCAGCAACUUUUCCCAAUGUUGACGACGAUGGAGGCUCAGCGGGUUGCACUCCGCGCCCCGACUCCACCCGACUACCUGGUGAACGCCAACGAGCGCCAGUACCUGGCCAAGAUAUGCUGGCUGCUGCACGACGGCGCCACCCACGCCUUGAGGGUCACCUUCGACAGCGUGCACCCGCCCCUCUACCUUCGGCAACACCUGGCACAGCAGCAGGUGCGCUCCGUCCUCCGCAGGCUCCUGGAACAAAAGAUUCUGAGCGAAACCCAGUGGAGUAUUCUGUAUCCCAGCAAGAAGAAGGAGACUUCGUCGGACACGUAUGACGCGCAGCUGCUGCUGAUCCUACUGCAGUCCAUCUGCCACCUCUCUCCCCCUUACCCCCACGGCUGGAACACCCUCCCACUUCCGGGGGACACCAGCCUCAGUGCAGAUGUGGUGCGUUUGCAGAUGUACUUGCAGGAGGCUGGCGGCCUGGUCGGUGUCAGGAGUGAAGAGUACCCAGUGAUGUGGAAACAGAUCGUGCAAGUGUUGCUGCGUACCGGUGGACCGGAAGUGCGCAUUAAAAUCACGCGCAUCGACCAGGAGACCUUGACCCCAGAACAGCAGGCCCACUUCAUCAACCUGAUCAAAGGUCACUGGUCAGCGCCGGAAGAGGGCGCUCUGGGACGCCUUCGACGACUGGGUGGGCCUGGGCUUGUCCACUCUCGUGAUCACGUGGUCUCCAAACGGCGCAUGCCGCGUGAAAAAGAAAUGCUUGACCAGGAAGGCAUCUCUGCUGAGGACAGAAUCGUGCUGAGUAAAGUUCACCGGCAGCUGAUCGAAUCUGUGAUGGUAGAUGACAUCAUUGACAGGCUCAUUCAAGGUCACGUGAUCAAAGUCGGCGAUAAGCAGGAUGUGAUGACUCCCGGCAAAAACCAGGAGCGCAUGCAGAUUCUCUUGUCAAAGAUUCUUCACUCCAAAUUACCAUACUCUUUCAAGCUCCUUUGUGAUGCCCUGAGCAUCAAGUACCCCAAACUACACGAGACUGUGGCGAAUAUCCGCAAGACAGUCCACAGAGAGGGAACGAAAGAUGCAGUGGAUAUGGUGUCUGUGGUCCAGCAAGGUCUGGCUAACAAGUAUCGGGCCAUGUUCUCGAGAGUUACUCCCCUGCAAUGGUCCGAUGCGCAUGUCAGUAUACGUGAUGUGUACGUUCCUCUGGAGGUGGUGACACAAGAUGGAGAUAAACUACAGCUGAACCAGAUACUUCCUGCAGCUGUGACGUCAGGACGCGGGAAGCGCGUGCUGGUAGAAGGCGACAGCGGAAGCGGAAAGAGUUUCCUGUCGGCCAUGUUGGCGUACCAAUGGGCUGGUCAGACCACUUUUUUCACCAGCAACUUCAGUUUUCUUAUUCUUCUCGAUGCGAGAACUAUUGACGGGUCGCUGGCAAAAACAAUUCAAGCCCAGGUUCAGACUGAAAACUGCAAAGUGAAUACAGAAGAUGUUUGGAGCAUUUUAGAGCAACAUGCCAGAGACACAGCAAUCAUCGUGGAUAAUUUUGACGAGGAUCAGUGCAGUGACGAACUACGUCAGGUGGUUCUUGGAACCAAACUGCGACACGCCUCAGUGAUGAUCAUGUCCAGGCCUGUGGAACAAACUGACCUGUGGAUGUCUUUGGACUACAGACUGUUCGUUCUGGGGCUCAGUCCUCUCAACAUUAGCCGCUGCCUCAAAACCUUCGCGGUCAUCUCUAAAAUGAUGACAGAAGAUUAUGAAACAUUUUACGAAGUGGUCAGUCGUCCAGAGUUCAAACUCCAGAGAUACCUGAGAAGUCCGUACGUGUGCUUGGUAAUCUUUGGCAUUUACACCAUUUCCGGAAGAGCCGCCGUGUUGUCGCUCAGCACCCUCACCAGUCUCUUUGAGCAGUUUCUAGUGGCCCUGGCAACCAAUUUCUGCAGAAAACCGGAAGACGACAGAAGGUCAGGAAAUGAGUUUCCUUCCGAGGUGCUGUCGGCCAUCAGCAGCCUGCAGGCUCUGGCCUACCGGUUGGUCGUCAGCAAAGAAAAGCUGAUGACGGACGGUGAUGUGGACAGGGUCGUCAAACUCUUGAGAACGGCGACAGAGAAGCGAGAUGAUGUGAACAUUGCUACGACAGAAGACGAAAACGAGGCCGACGAACGCGAGAUUCGAACCGUGUCGCAUCCGAGUGAAGGACGGGAAAGUAAUGACAGCCUGUUGCGAAGAACCGGAAUACUCCACCGCGCAGACUCCAAUAGGUGGAGCUUCACCUGCAACGCUCUACGCGAUUUUCUGGCUGCGCGCCACCUGUCGGACACGCCAUUCAAGACUUUGGACAAGGUUCUGGAAGAGCAGAAGGUCUUACGUCACGCCCGCUUCUCGCAAAUGGCGGCUUUUCUCUGCGGGCUGUUCAGAGACAAUGCCGAGUCGCCUCUGCAGAGUUCCCUGGUCAAAGAUAUGACCCUGCAGGUCACGAAGUCAACCAGAAGGGUCUCCUUCGACAAGCAGGCAUCGUCAGGGGGCGAGGUGACGAGUGAGGACACUGGCAACGAUGGUGUUGGUAGAAGUCACGUGAUGAACUACGUGCACACGCUGCAGGCGCUGGCCGAAUGUUCGCACAACGAUGACCUCACAGGCAGCCUCGUCCGGUCGCUGCCCAAGUCCAUCAUCUUACAAAGAGACGGACUUUUCCCAACCCAAUGUCUCGCGGGGUUAGCGCUGGCUGUCAAGGACGAAAGCUCCAGCAUCACGCAUGUCGAGGUCGAGCUCUUGCCGUACCACGGUUUCCAAGGCGACGAACUGCUGAACUUAGCCGAAGCUCUAGCCGCCAACUCCAAACUUCAAACGCUGAUCAUCCGUUGGCAGAAUUUUCCCCUCAUGGUCGCCUUUCUGAAGGCAGCCUUGAAGAACACCCCUUCGCUCGACACCGUGCUCGUGCAGAACUCCACCCGGAAACCAAUCAGUCACGUGAGCGCUUCCACGUGGGUGUCUUUGCACGAGGUGGCCGCGCUGCUGCGCAAUACUGUCUCCUUCUCUUUCUUGGACUGUACUGCGUCCAUCGUUCUCUCUCACCUGAUCCCCUACCUGCCCAACACCAUACGAAAUCUGGAUUUUUCGGGCUGUCUCGUCAACAAUGUCUCGGCAGCAGCUCUGGGGUCAAAGUUGGAGUCGUCGCCAGACUGCUGCCUGCUGAACCUGUCUGACACUCACUUGGAGAGUUCCGACCUGUCCAUCCUCUUCCACGACCUCAAGCUGUGCGGGUCGUUGAGGGAACUGAUUCUUGCUGGCACCAAAUUCGACAGGACGGGCGCCAAGGCAGUCAGCGAGUAUCUGAAGCUGACUUCCUCUUUACAGAGACUGGAUCUCUCGCGAUCUCACCUGAGCACCGAUGUCUGCCAACUGCUGGCUUGCGGCAUGUCGCAAAACACCUCCCUCGCAACGCUGGUCAUUAGGGACGCCAUGAUUACUAGGGAGGACAAAGAACUCUUGCGCAAGACAAGGACGGAAGCAGAGCUUUUGAUUGAUGGUUUAUAGGCAAAACUCUGACCUGAUAAUGAGUAGUAAUGAUGGAGCUAAUGAUGGCGUGGUCACGUGACGAAAUACGGUCAGCGCUUGUGGGAGUAUUAAGGUCAGGGUUCGUAGUUAGGAUCUGAACGAGUAACUCUAGCACCAAAUAAUAAAUAACUAGAUAAAUUUUAUGAUUUGAUGGGGCUUGAUUGUUUGUAGCAAAGUAUAGUUUCGCAUAAUACCUGAAAUGUUUGUAAAUGUUAGAUUUACAUCUCACGGGCAGCCACGUUACUCCAUUAAAUCUGAGCAUUUCUGUAUUUUUUGAUAAAGCAUUUUCGAGAACAAAAUUCUAUUGGUUUUGUUUUGAAAAGUAUGCUUACGGGAGUGUGUGUGUGUGUGUGUGUGUGGGAUGCAGGAGUUGUGCAUGCAUUAAUGUUUACUCAUCAACUAAUACGUUGAAGGAUGUCCCUCUUAGAGAAACAACCAGGAGAGAGUUCAUCAAAGGGACUUCAUCAAGAAAGGCACCAAUGCUUACAUGCGCUGUAAGACAGACAUGCUUUCCUAUUGAUAGUUCACUCCCUUCACUUACCACAUCGCACAUCUUAUAUUACGGGUA